UGACCCGGCGUGGACACCCGAGGCCCGCGAAGCCAUGGGCACCCGGACCCUGGAGACGCCACCCCGCCGCAGGAAGAGAAGUUAAACACCCAGAGAGGCCUAAUGGACAAGCUCUCCGGCAGAUGGUAACAAAAAUUAAUCCAGAUGGGGUGCAGGUGUUGUAAGAUGAUACACAGCUAUCUCUUUGAUCCAGUUCAAGUACCCUCUCCUGGCUUUGUCAACGAGGUAAACAACUGCAAGUUGGAGGAGGAUGACACUGUCAGACUAAAAGGCACCCACAACAGCAAGGCUGAAGUGCACAGGAACACCCUGCACGGUGGGAGCCUGACCAAGACAGAGAACAGAGACGGUACAACUGGUCUACCUCACCAAGGACCGCUCCCUCAGGAGGAUUCGGAAGAGAGACACUGUGCAGAGAAGCAUGGUACUAUCAAUGGCAUCAGCCCCACUGCCACUCUGCAUUUGGUCAGGAGUCCCAGGCCCCACCAGGUUGACAGUGGUUCCUGGGCCAGCAGCCCCUGGGUAGGCACCAUAGACAGCACACACCCAGCUCAACCCUUCCUUGAAGAAGAGGACUGCAGGAAGCAAAGCUGCAUGGUGCCCACUUUGGAGGAGCCCCAGAUGGUAAGACAUGGAGACUGCAGAGCCCCUGCUGCAGACCAUGCCCUACACAUACCAGCCCCGGAUUACCCCCAGCUGUGGAGCACCACGGUAGACAAUGCAGACCCUGCUGAAAAGGAUUAUCUUUUUGAGAACCACCCAGAGGUGGAGCCCAUGCCAGGAACUCCCCCCAGCAUGAGUGAGCAGGGUUUGAGCCUGCCCUUCUCCCUCAAGAGAAGCUGGGACUCGCUGAAUGAGGCAGUGACGAUGGAAGUUCUGAAUGUCUACUUUAAAGAGGAGGAUCCCACUCACCCUUCAUCAGUGGUUGAUUCUAGAAAUGAGCAGGAAGUCCCCUACACCUACAAUGGGGAUGGGGAUGGGGUUGUGGUCGAUGAGGAUGCUGAGGUGGCCGAAGCCCUUGCAGCCUUAGAAGCCGCGACUGCAGGAGAAGAUGCAGAUGAGGUGGAUUAGAGGAGGUGAAGGCUGGACAAGGUGAGGCCAGGCAAGUGAGCUGCAGUCACUCUGAGCAGAGAGAGAGAGAGAGAGAGAGAGAGAGAGAGAGAG